AUGACGGAGCUUGGUAUGUGCUCGACGCAUGCCGUCAAUACGGUCUUGCAGGCGUACAUGCAGUCUACGACAGACGAGGCACCUACUCGAUCGACGCAUUUACGGCACGUGUAUGAAGCUUUGCGCUUUAAUGCGCUUUGCACAGCGCGUGACGCUCUCUCAUCUCACCCUCCAGUGACCGCCGCUGCCGCCUCCGCCACGGCGGCGGCCGAGAGCGCCUUGUCUCUCGGCCAGGUGCUGGGUAUCGAUGCGCUGCCACGUACCAUCGUACCCGAUCGCGCAACCUAUGCCUUGGUUGUGCGUGGGUUGGCCGAGGCAGGCGACUUGGAUGGCGCUUUGCACGUAAUGCAUGAUAUGGUUGUGACACCGGAACACCCUGACGAUCUCGGCAUGAAGCCGACGAUGGACAUAUACCACACCCUCUUUCAAGGUUUCGCGCACUUUGGUGUUGGUGCGCAGUACCGCACCGCCACGCAGACAUGGUCUGUGUCAGACACGUCGCCAUGGAAUAUACAUGCGUUGGAGCAGUUACUCGAAGGCUACCUACGUUUGGAGCCUACAUCGCGUUUUCUCCCUGCGUCGGACGAGUCACUCUCUCCUUCGUCGCAGCUCAAGAUGCCAGCAACGUUGGCACCCAGUCCACGUGCCUUGGCCAGCCUCUUAGCCGCGUUGCGCAAGGUCAGUCGAUCUCAUCGUAGGUACAUGACGAGGCAGUGGGCUCGGAUAGCGGCCAAGUUUCAAGCGCCGCCCUGGCAUGGCUGGCGAAUUGAUCGAUCGCUGCAGCGUACUUUAUCGAUGUUGGGCAUCCCAACGGCGCAACGAUCGCCUCAGGACGAAGAAGUAGGCGCAUGA